AUGCCCUCUAUGUUGGUGUCAACCAGGCCUCUCUCUCAUGCUUGCAUCUUGCCAGAUCUCAGGAUAAUGUUGGUUGGUAAAACUGGAGCUGGAAAGAGUGCAUCAGGAAACACAAUCCUAAAAGGAAAGGUGUUUAAAGAAAAACAUUCUUUUGAAUCUGUGACUAAUAUAUGCCAAAAACAUCAGCAGAAUGGGAUCACUGUGAUCGACACUCCAGGAAUGUUUGAUACAAACAUAAGUGAAAAUCAACUGAAGGAGGAGAUUGAGAAGUGUGUCAGCAUGUCUGUUCCUGGCCCUCAUGUGUUUCUGCUGGUCAUCAGACUGGAUGUGAGAUUCACAGAUGAAGAGAAAAAUACUGUGAAAUGGAUUCAGAAAAUUUUUGGAGAAAAAGCUGAUAAUUACACUAUCAUUCUGUUCACUAGAGGAGAUCAGUUAGACAAACCAAUAGAUGAGUUUCUGACAGAAAAUAAGCAGAUGAAUGAGCUUGUUAGACAGUGUAAAUCCAGGUUUCAUGUUUUCAAUAACAAAGAUAACAAUUCAAUGCAGGUUAAUGGACUGUUGGAGAAGAUGAUAAAAAUGGUGAUGGAGAACGGUAGAGAGCAUUAUACAAAUAUGAUGUACAAGGAAGCUCAGAAGAGGCAGAGAGAGAAAGAAGAGAGACCGAAGUUGAAAGAAGAGAAUAAGGUAGGAUUAUUGGGGGUUGUAGGUGUGGUAAUAUUAAUGUGCAUUAUGGUAUGGUUCAUAUACCGUAAAAAUAAGAUGAACAAUGCACCUUCAUUGAAGAAAAGUAAAGAUGCCAGUGUAGGUAUGACUGCAGCCCGGAGAUCUCCAAAAGGGGGUGUGACUUCCAAAAGUGCGCAGGACCCCCAAAAUGGGGUUGUCCUUAGCCAAUUGUAA